AUGACACAGGCCGUCUGCCACUGUCUCACCUGCCGGAAAUUCAGCAGCGGAAGUUCUGUUAAUCUUCUACUCCCACAGGAGCACUUCCACCUUGUGAAGGGGACCGUAAAGGAACACCAUCAGACCCAUGAGAGCGGCAUGCAUCUGACUCUCCACUUCUGUGGGACCUGUGGCUGUUUGCUGUACAAGACAGCUGAUCGGAAGGAGUUUGAGGGUGGUGUGAUUCUUCUGGCUGGAACGCUGGACGACCCUCACGCUCUGGAUGAUGCCAAACCCGAGGCGGAGUUAUUUGUCAAGGAUCGGGCUUCGUGGUGGCCGGCGCUGGAUGAUGCGAAGCAGUUGCAGGGCUUUGACUGA